AUGGCCAGCACACUAUCAGCGUAUUCUGACAAGAUCAGGGAAAUGUCUGUGCUUUCUCUCAUCUGCUCCUGUCUUGCAACUCAGCCUCACCCAAACACGCUGGUGCAGUAUGAAGACAUGGAGGUAAAGACGCUGAACAAGCGCACAUCUGGACAGGCGUUUGAGGUCAUCCUGAAAAGUCCCACUGACCUCUCUCCGGAGCGACCCCAGAGCCUGGCUCUUCCACCCCAGAAGAAGGAGCCCUCCCUGGGAGAGCUGCAGAGGAGGCUGCAGGCAGCAGAAGAGCGGAGGAAGUCUCAGGAGAAGCAGUUUCUGAAGCAGUUGGCUGAGAGGCGGGAACAUGAGAAAGAGGUUCUCCAUAAAGCUCAGGAGGUCCAUAACAACUACAGCAAGAUGGCUGAAGAGAAGCUAAACUACAAAAUGGAGCUGAACAAAGAGAACCGCACUGCCCGUCUCAAUGCUAUGAAACAGCGUCUGAGAGAGAAGGAGGUCCAUGCUGCAGAGGUGCGCAGAAAUAAAGAGCUGCAGUCAGAACUCUCUGGCUGAGGGUGAACUCUCCACAGCUCCGUUUCAAAGUUCCCAUCUGGAUUUGGUUUGGAAACCAUCACUUUUUAAAGUCACUCUGUUUUAAACAGUUAUUCCUGUUUGUCACACGUCAUGCCAGUCUUCUAUGUCACUGCAGAAACUAACCAGUAGUGUUGCAAGCUCCAGUUAUCUAUCUAAAGUUCAUAAAACUGACUCACAAUGAAACUGCACAGUUUGGACUGUAGAUAUCCACACUGGUAGUGUAGGGCAUUUCUGAUGAUAUUCAUGACAAAAGCUAACUUUUCUUCCAAAAAAAUCCUAUUUGUCUUCAAGUGAGCCAUAGUGAUGUUGGCUUGAUAUUGCUGAGUUGGAAAAUGUGGAGGGAUUUCAAAGACUGUUUAAAGACAACACCAUUAAAGAAUACAGCUUCACAUAGAA